AAGAAUUGAUUUGCAAAAAAUGAAUUUGGGUUGACAAAUGAGCGGUUCCUCGUCCCAGAGAUGAUGUUUCGUCCAGCUGACUUGGGACUGAAUCAGGCUGGACUUGCAGAGUGCAUUGUUAGAGCUAUCAGUUCCUGCCAUUCUCAUCUUCAACCUCUUCUCUAUGAGAGCAUCAUUUUGACGGGAGGCACUACUCUAUUCCCUCAUUUUGCUCAAAGACUAGAAAUGGACCUUCGACCACUUGUCCCAGAUAAAUACCGUUUAAGGAUUACGACUCAAGAAGAUCCUAUACUAGGUGUUUGGCGUGGAGGAUCACUCUUGGCAUCAAGUCCUGAUUUUGAUGCAAUGUGCGUCACCAAAGCUGAAUAUGAGGAGCUGGGAUCAGCUAGAUGUCGAAAGAGAUUCUUCCACUAACUUUUGUGAUGUUACUUUUGAAGUUUACAAGUCUAUGUUCAUCUUUUGUGUUAAAUGGAGGGAGUAAUUAGGAGGAUCGCCGGCCUCUACUGUUGCAAUUGAGCUAAAUAUGUAUGUGUUCUGAAAUGUUUCUUUUUCUUGUCAGUUUCUUUUAUGUAUUUCAGGCCAAAUUUGUUGAAGCCUAAUCUUACUGAAAUGAAAUGUUAAUGGCAUCUUCAAUACCAGAAAAACAAAAAAAUGGUCCAAGAGCAACAAUCAUGACUUUGUCUCUCCCCUUAUUAUUCAGUUUUUAUACCGAACCAUAUAUGCGUUUAUCUGUAUGCAAUACCGAAA